AUGUCUUCAGUCAUUCGAAGCGGUCAUCAAGUUAUUUAUGUGUCCGACACCGCGCUGUAUUUGGGUCUCGGAUUUCUUACGGCGGUUAUUUCGAAUCAUGGUUAUCAAAAAGAAAAUCUCUCUGAAAAUUAUCGUUAUCGGAGACAGUGGACAUCUUUAAUAACUCAGUAUAUUGACAAAAAGUUCAGUAAUCAGUAUAAAGCCACAAUCGGUGCAGACUUCUUUACAAAACAAGAAGUUUUCGAUGAUCGUUUGGUAACAAUGCAGAUUUGGGAUACCGCUGGACAAGAAAGAUUUCAAUCUCUGGGAGUAGCUUUCUAUCGUGGCGCUGACUGCUGCGUUCUUGUGUAUGAUGUUACUAUGACAAAUACCUUCAAGACGUUGGAUUCAUGGAGAGAUGAGUUUUUGGUUCAGUCAAGUCCUCGAAAUCCUGAGAAAUUCCCAUUCAUUGUAAUUGGAAAUAAAUGCGACCUAGACAAUAGAGCUAUAUCUGAAAAUCGUGCUAGACAAUGGUGUCAAGCUAACGGGAACCUUCCAUAUUUUGAAUGCAGUGCUAAAGAAAAUACCAAUGUUGAACUGGCCUUUGAACACAUUAUUAGAGUUGCCAUAGAUGAAGAAUCCGCGACAAAUCUUCACUCUGAUUACCCUGACAGUAUUCGGCUUGGCGCUGAGGAAACCGGAAAUCAGGAUAGAUGCAGAUGUUAAGGUUACUUUGUUUCCUAUGUCCUCCUCUGGCACACCAUCAAAUUCCCCAAAGUUUGUUACUUCCCUGAGAUUCUGACCGAAAAUUGUUGAUAAUGAAGACCUAAUUUAUAUAUAUAAUAUUGCAAUAAAAACAAAUCACUGAACACAAUAUAUAUAUACAUAUAAUUGUCCAAAACAUUUAUCCAUUCUUGUGCACAAGUGUGUGUUACUGUCGUCGAUGGUGUUCAUUUACCAAAGUAAUUGAUAAUACGUCAUAAUUAUGAUUAAUAAUAUUUUAAUGGCCUGAAAGACAGCGUAAUUGUUUUAGCAAUUUGAUUUUCUCUCUCUUUAUUAAUCCAUCUCUCUGUUUUUCAUUUUCUUUACUACUACUAAUUUUUUUUUCAACACACUAUUUUAUCCCCCACAGCAUUGUCGUCAUCAUCUCAUCAACGUCAUCAUAAAUAUUAUUAUUAUUAUCCUUGUGUUUAUUAAUAAUAUUUGUCAUGAAUGAAAUUUUACCAGCAAAUAUUUCCAUUUUCAUUUUUUAUUAUUUUUUCCCGCUUCUUUGGAAUCAUGUCAACACUGCAUGGUUCCCGUGCUUUUACAUUGUUGUUGUUCCCCCCCCCUUCCCUGGCCGCCUUCCAACUGGGGAAAAAAUAAAGCCAAGUAACAGUAUUAUUGUGAUUUAUGGUGGCCCGGGUGGGGGGAGCAACGAUGUUGCUGUUCUUAUAAAGUAGUAGACUAGUGAAAAAGGCGAUUCUUUUCCACAUUUUUCAUCUAACUAGUUAUCACACUGAUCCUACCUGCAUCAUUUUUUUCAUUGUUCAAAUAAUUUGCGAAUAAACACUUCCACUACUAAUAAUACUUACUGCUGUUUUAAUUAGAAAUGAUGCCUAUAAGAGAAUAUGAUACUUUCUUUUUAUUCCUUCGCCAUCUUGUUAAUUUGUAUAUAAAUAUACAUAUAUAUAAUUUUUAUCUUAACUGACUGUAAUUAUUACAUAAUUUAUAGACUGUGUUCUCUUCUGGUUUAUUGUUAUUAUUAUUACUAAUAUUAU